CUUUAUCAGCUUUUCAGUACUCACAAACAAACUCUCUCUUUGGGAAAUAAACAAAAAAAUAAAAUAAAAAAAUAGUGGAAGAAAAUGGGUGAGACACAUAACCACCAGGCACCACCGUCAGCACCGGCACCUCCGCCAGGGCCACCACCGCCUAAUCUUGGACUUUCAAGAGGACCCACUUUUCCUCCGGCUGAACAACUCCUUCAGCUUCAUUAUUGCAUCCACUCUAAUCCUUCAUGGCCGGAAUUACUUCUACUGGGUUUUCAGCACUACAUUGUGAUGCUUGGAACAACUGUUUUGAUAGCAACCACCUUGGUGCCUGCAAUGGGUGGGAACCAUGGCGACAAAGCCCGUGUGAUACAGUCAUUGUUGUUUAUGUCUGGUGUGAACACACUGCUUCAGACUUGGUUUGGUUCAAGGCUUCCAGCUGUGAUGGGUGGAUCACUUGCUUUCAUUCUUCCAGUGAUGUCCAUCAUAAAUGAUUACACGGACAGGACAUUCCCUUCUGAGCACGAGAGGUUUAUCUACACAAUGAGAACAAUUCAAGGAUCCCUAAUUGUUUCUUCUUUCAUCAAUAUCUUCCUUGGGUAUAGUAAGGCAUGGGGAAAUUUAACAAGGUUGUUUAGUCCCAUAGUCAUUGUACCUGUUGUAUGUGUGGUGGGUCUUGGUCUGUUCACGAGGGGCUUUCCUCUGCUUGCAAAUUGCGUGCAGGUUGGACUACCUAUGCUCAUUCUAUUGGUCAUAACGCAGCAGUAUUUGAAGCGCUUGCAUCCUACAACUCAUCAUGUACUUGAGAGGUUUGCUUUACUUCUCUGCAUUGCUGUCAUCUGGGCUUUUGCUGCUAUCCUUACGGUGGCUGGUGCAUACAAUAAUGCUAAAGAACAGACCCAGUUGAGUUGUCGCACAGAUCGCGCGUACCUUCUGUCUUCUGCUCCUUGGAUUAAAGUUCCAUACCCAUUUCAGUGGGGUACCCCCAUAUUCAGAGCUAGUCAUGUUUUUGGGAUGAUGGGGGCAGCACUUGUCUCUUCUGCAGAGUCAACUGGCACUUUCUUUGCUGCAGCCAGGCUUUCUGGUGCAACACCCCCUCCUGCACAUGUGCUCAGCCGAAGCAUUGGGCUGCAGGGUAUUGGCAUGCUGAUUGAAGGCAUUUUUGGUUCUGUUGUUGGUACUACUGCAUCUGUUGAAAAUGUUGGCCUACUUGGUCUAACGCAUAUAGGGAGCAGAAGAGUAGUGCAAAUAUCAUGUGGUUUCAUGAUCUUCUUCUCAAUUUUUGGGAAAUUUGGAGCUUUUUUUGCAUCAAUUCCCCUGCCAAUAUUUGCUGCUAUAAACUGUGUUUUAUUUGGUAUUGUGGCUGCUAUUGGGAUUUCAUUUAUACAGUUUGCAAAUAGCAAUUCCAUGAGAAAUAUCUAUAUUUUGGGUCUUUCCUUGUUUCUUGGGAUCUCAAUACCUCAAUAUUUUGUCAUGAACACUGCACCAGAUGGUCAUGGUCCAGUUAGAACAAAUGGUGGAUGGUUUAAUGACAUUUUGAACACCAUAUUCUCUUCUCCUCCAACUGUGGCUAUAAUUGUUGGGACCGUUCUUGAUAGCACGCUUGAUGCCAAACAUACAGCUGUUGACAGAGGAGUUCCAUGGUGGGUUCCUUUCCAGAAUAAGAAGGGAGAUGUUAGGAAUGAUGAGUUUUACCGUUAUCCUCUUAGGUUAACUGAAUUUAUUCCUAGUAGAUUUCUCUAAAGGUACUAUCCAUAUAUGCUUGUAUCUAAGCCCUGCAGUGAAGCAUAAUUCUUAAAUCUUUAUGCACAAUUACCUUUGUAAAAUAUGGACCAACAAAAUUUUCAUCAUCGACAAGCAGCUAGAUUUUGCCUUUACUUGUAUAAAAUGGAUUCA